AUGGCGGCGCCGGAGAAGCCCCCGGAGGGGGGCGGUGAUGCUCCUGCUCGCAGGCCAACGUUCAGAGAAAUGGUGCUUGGACGUGUGGAGAAGGAGGCUGGCUUAGCAAGGGAGAGGGUUGAUCUCAUUGCCAACAAGCUGGUUCGGGUAGAGUUUGAAGAGGGAAAGAAGCACCUUCCAAGGGUGUUUGUAGCUGAUUCAGUGAUUGAUAACUUGAGCACUGCUUGGAAGGAUUCGCUGGUGGUCAAAGUACUUGGCAAAAACCUGGGAUAUAAUUUCAUGAAACAGAAGCUGAAAGCCCUAUGGAAGCCAAAGGGUGGUUUUGAGAUAAUUGACGUUGAUCAUGGGGUGUACAUGGUCAAGUUUGAUCUUCCAGAUGAUAAGGAUACGGUUCUUAACGGUGGCCCAUGGAUGAUAUUUGAUCGGUGCUUGGCGGUGUCGCUUUGGAGCCCAGAUUUUAUCACGUCUGAGACGCUGGCUUUGAAAACUAUGGUCUGGUUACGGUUCCCAGGGCUGAACCUUGCAUAUUAUGAUGAGAGCUUCUUAUUUGCUCUUGCUUCUUCGGUGGGGAAACCGAUCAGGAUUGACGUGAACACGAAGGCGAUGCAUCGUGGCCGGUAUGCGCGGGUGUGUGUGGAGGUUGAUCUGAGCCAACCUGUCGCAACACGGAUAUGGUUCAGAAACCAGUGGAUUCGCGUGGAGUUUGAGGGCUUACGCAUGAUCUGUGAUCAUUGUGGAUGCUAUGGGCAUCUCACCCGUAAUUGCCCAGGUACACAAGCAGCAGAGCCUGCGGUGCAGCGGCGUCCGGCGGCGGCUGCAACGUCGGAACCUCCCAUGCACGAGAAGCCAAACCCUAACGCUGGUAACGCGAACGCGGGUCAGCAAGAGAAGCCGUGUGACGGCUGGACAGAGGUGAAAAAACGGAAGGAGAAAAUCAAGGGGAAAUCAAAUUUGAAUUUCAAAAAGCCACCUCAGCAUAAUAAAAACGGUGGCACAAAUCAGAAGGAGAAAAAUAAGGGAGUGCAGGUCCAUAAUGAGAAAUUGCCAAAAUCACGUGCUGCAGUUUUGGGGCGUGAUAAUUCUUUGGCAUCUGGUUCCAUUCUUUCCUUUUCCGCGGGAGAAACUUCACCAGUCCUUACUCCUUUGAAACGACGCCGGAGCAACGCUGGUAUUGUCUUCUCAUCUCCAACCCCGGUCCCCAAGAACGGUGGUGCGCCGGCAGCGAGUGGAACACCACAAAAUGUGGUUCGAAGUCUGUUUCAGGCGAAAAGCAUGGACAUGGAAGUUGCACAGUGUGAGCUCCAGGAGUUGCAGAACUCGGCGGUGACUACCAUGAACACAAAGGAGCACCCACCUGAUGGCACCGUGAUGACCGGAGGUCAGUGA